AACAGUAGUCGCGAUAAUGAGUCCAUUUAUACGCAAUCCUACGAUAGGACACAAUCGACAUGUUUUCACGAAAACCAUAAACCAAUGGACGAGUUGUUUAGCGACACUGAAUGCGAGUCACAUAUAGACCACACGUGGAUCACCACCGGAAGUGCCCCAUAUAAUUAUAAUAAUAGCAAGAAAAGUGGAAACAACUCUAUUAUCGUAUAAAAUGAAAUCAAUUGUCACACCAUUUAAUACACGAUACCGAAGAUAUUUUAACGCAUAAUUUGAUGACAACAUUUUUGGUCACAAUUACAUUAAAAACAACAAAUGCUUGAAGAAUAAUAAAAAUUUUUAUUUACUGUUUAAAAAUAAGCGAAACAUUUCCACUGAAUUCUAAAAACUUAUUAAUAGUUUUUCAUAGAAUCUCUCUCUCUCUCUCUCUCUC